GUUGUUUCCUCGAUGAGCAGAGCCGAACUAUUGUGAGUGAGAGACGACUUGGUAGUCUCUAACAGAGAGCAGCAGGAGACAAGGGGCCUCCUUCUUGUUCGAUAAUUAAGAUCGGUAGUUCGUGAUACAAAUUGAAUCAGGAUGGCCGAGGAAACGAAGGCGAAAACCUCGCGGAAGGUGUCACCCAUCAAGGAAUUCCUCGCGGGAGGUUUCGGCGGCAUAUGCCUCGUCGCCACUGGACAUCCGCUGGACACAAUCAAAGUACGACUCCAAACUAUGCCUAAACCCGCUCUUGGUCAAGCUCCCCUGUACGCGGGUACAUUCGACUGCGCCAGAAAAACCGUCACCAGAGAGGGUUUCACAGGACUCUAUAAAGGAAUGGCGGCGCCGCUCAUGGGAGUCACUCCAAUGUACGCGGUGUGUUUCCUCGGUUUCGGUAUCGGCAAGAAAAUUCAGCAAACGCACCCCGAUGAAGAGCUCCGUUAUCAUCAACUUUUUCUCGCUGGAAUGCUUUCGGGGGUUUUCACAACGGCGAUCAUGGCGCCCGGCGAGCGUAUCAAGUGCCUUCUCCAAGUCCAACAAGCAGGAGCCUCUACAAGUACGAACUACGCGGGACCAAUCGACUGCGCGAAACAAUUGUACAAAACCGGUGGAAUCCGUAGCAUCUACAAAGGAACCUGUGCCACGCUCAUGCGAGACGUUCCGGCCUCAGGAAUGUACUUCAUGACCUACGAGUGGCUUCAGAGGGUCUUGACCCCGGAGGGCGGGAGCCGGACCGAUCUUUCCGUGGGAAAAACCUUGUUUGCGGGAGGAAUGGCUGGUAUAUUCAAUUGGCUCGUCGCUAUCCCGCCUGAUGUGCUGAAGAGUCGGCUGCAAACCGCUCCCGAAGGAAAAUACAAUGGAAUUCGCGACGUUUUCAAGGAGACGAUGAGAAACGAAGGCCCCGCCGCUUUCUACAAAGGAUGCACACCCGUCAUGUUGAGAGCGUUCCCCGCGAAUGCCGCUUGUUUCAUGGGAUUCGAGGUGGCGCUCAAAGUUUUGAACGCAGCUUUCCCCGAGUGAAAAAAGGCAUAAACGGUUUCGUGACCAGCUGCCCUCAGCAAGUCUGAGAUUGAAUUGAGACUUAGAGCCCUGAGAUUGUCAUCGAAUUAGGAAACCUGAGAUUGAUAGGACUAACUCUUAUGGCUUCAAACCAUCUGUUACCGUGAACGAUUGCGCUUUGAGACGUCAACAGCGAAGAGAAAUUUCAUCAGGGAAAUUCAGCCAAAAGAGUGCGAAUCUGAGGCUGGUGACGCAGGUCUACUCUCUGUUGUGUGCUUUUGUAUCCGAUACGCGAGAGGGACGCCUGAUAUCGGCGGUGGUAUCAGCCAGGGCUGCGGAUAUCUUCCAGUAUAUUUACAAAUUACAAGUUUUGUACGUGUGCUACUAGGAUAAGAUAGCUUGUUAGAGUU